GGACGUGGAGGCCAACACGGUGCGGCUGAAGGAGCACGGGAAGGUGGUGCUGGUGCUGCAGAAGGACCUGCAGGCCCGGAGCAGCAGGUACUCGGUGAUGGCCGGGACGCCGGAGAAGAUCCUGGAGCACCUGCUGGAGUUCAUGAGGCUCGAUGCCACCCUCUAUGAUCCCGUGGACACCCUGCUGGGGGAUUUCCUGCUCACCUACACCGUGUUCAUGCCCAGCUCGCAGCUCUGCAGGGCUCUGCUGCACCAGUUCCGCUCGGAGCCGCUGGAGGGUUCGGAGCAGGACAAAGCCGCCUUCGCGCUGCUCAAGCGCCGCAAGAUCCUGCGCCUGGUGAGCCAGUGGCUGCUGCUCUACGGGCGGCUCCUGCAGGGCGACCGCGGCACCACGGCCCUGCUGCAGAACCUGGCGGACCUGGCGAGCCGCGACCCCCGCCUGGGGGGGCUGGGGCAGGAGCAGGAGCGGCGGCGGCCCCGGGG